AUGGAAGCAGCAAGUAUCUCAGUGGAUCAGCACCAGAUGAGCUGUACAAUCUGUCGGGAUCUACUGAAGGAUCCGGUGGCUAUUCCCUGCGGACACAGUUACUGUAAUGGCUGCAUCCAGGGAUUCUGGGAUAAGAAUGAUCGCAGGGGUGUCUACAGCUGUCCCCAGUGCAGAGAGACCUUCACCUCAAGGCCUGCUCUGUACAAAAACACCAUUCUGGCUGAAGUGCUGGAGAAACUGAAGAAGACUGGACUCCGAGCUUCUCCUCCUGCUCACUGUUACGCUGGACCUGGAGACGUGGCGUGUGAUGUCUGCACCGGGAGAAAGUGCAAAGCUGUGAAGUCCUGUCUGGAAUGCUUGGCUUCUUACUGUGAAACUGAUCUUAUUCUUCAUGAUAAACUCAACAGAGGGAAGUCUCACAAACUGGUCGAGGCCACAGGAGAACUUCAGGAAAAGAUCUGCUCUCCUCACAACAAACUGCUGGAGAUUUACUGUCGUACUGAUCAGCAGUGUAUCUGUCUGCUGUGUACAGUGGGGGAACACCGAGGCCAUGACACAGUCUCAGCUGCAGAGGAAAAAACUGAGAAACAGAAGGAGCUGGGGGAGACACAAAGGAAAUUCCAGCAGAGAAUCCAGGAGAGAGAGAAUGAGAGGCAGGAUCUGAGACAGGCUGUGGAGACACUCAAGCGCUCUGCACAGGCAGCAGUGGAGGACAGUGAGAGGAUUUUUACUGAGCUGGUCCGCUCCAUUGAGAGAAGGCGCUCUGAGGUGAAAGAGCUGAUCAGAGAUCAGGAGAAGGCUGCAGUGAGUCGAGCUGAAGGACUCUUGGAGCGACUGGAGCAGGAGAUUUCUGAGCUGAGGAAGAGAGAUGCUGAGCUGGAGCAGCUUUCACACACAGAGGAUCACAUCCAUUUCCUCCAGAGCUGUAAGUCUCUCUGUGGCCGUCCUGAAAGUGGAGACUUACCCAGCAUCUCUGUGAAUCUUGACGUCUCCUUUGGGUUUGUGAGGAACUCUGUGUCUGACCUGAAAGAGCAACUCGAAGACAUCUGCAAGGAGAAAUUAGACAACAUCUCUGAAACAGUGCAUAAGAUCUCUAUUGAGCUGCCUCCAGAGGGUGAAGACAUGACUGAAUAUUAUGACUCAGAAGAAAUAGAUUAUGAUUCCCCACCUUCCCCGGUACGAGCCAACAUAAAAACACCAUGCCUGGGAGAACAGAAGAAGAGUCCACCUGUGGUUCCAAAGUUUGUGGCUCCAAAGCUUGUGGCUCCAAAGCUUGUGGCUCCAAAGCUUGUGGCUCCAAAGCUUGUGCGCAUAAAAUGACAGACAGCUGAAUCCUCUCAUUACAGCAAACGCCACUCAAGACAUGCAAUGAAAGUUGACAGAUAAGCAAAGGUUUAAGGGAUGAAAACUGAGAAAAGAUAGGGAGAAAAGGAGAGGUAGUUCAUUAUCAGAAACCCCUCUGUGUGCUAGACUGAAAAUGCUCCUUGUGGUCUUAACCCUUUUUUCCAUCCCUUUGAAACUAAAUUCUUUGAA